UUCAUGAUUAUUGGAUCAAAAAUAUUUGAUUGCCAACAUGGGCCAGACAGGAAGAAAAGUGAAAAGGCCAAGUCUUCUACACAAAAGGAAGGUGAUCAUUCAUUCAGUGGAAGGAGGUUUUUACCCCAAGACACAAUUAAGUUUGGCUGCCCAGCAAAGAUCUUAAUGUCAGAAGUUAUAAAGUUUCCAGGAUAUAAGAUUUUGGAUAGCACAAAGCGAAUAAGGAGGGACAUGUCUGAUAGACUCAAGGGUGAUAUUAAAAAUAGAAUGUGGCCACAGUUUGGAAGGAGAAUCCACAUUAACCUACCCAUGGAGAAGGACCACAAAGAUCAUGUCAUCGGAGAGGUAUAA